CGACGGCCCCUGAACGUCGCGCUGUGAACCGAUUUAGUGACACUGCGCGUACUGGCCUGUGACCUUAUUUUACAGCGAAUCUAUCGGCUAAGUGAGUCUUUGCAGUGAUAGCGGUGGUGAGAAGUUAUCGCGUUUCACCGAGCCCAGACUCGCGGCUGUGUCUGUCUCUGCGGCUGAGAUGCCGCGCUCGGAUGCCGAGCCAGAGGCGUCCGCUUCUCCCCCGGGCCGGCUUCAUCUGUGGCGACAUCGAAUACGAGAGCUGCGCGGACAGGGCUCCAUGGACUCUGACGAGGGUAUGAGCGGCGAGGCAGCGCAGGCCCCACCGCCGCAGACCGCCCCUCACCUGGCCCCGGCCGGCCGAGCUGCGUCCCACGAGAGUGGUUCGCUGUCCGAUCUGGAGGAUAAUGCUCCGGAGGGAGCCAGUCCACCAAUGCCAACUCCUCUGACAUUCUCCAAGUUUCGGCUGGGAACUCGGAGAGACAAGUCGCUGCCGCCCCAGCCGGAACCGACACGGAAACAAAAACCACCGCGCGUUAGUAGACUUCGUGAGUUUACCGACAAGCUGCGCUGGAGCCGAGACGACAAACCGACAGCGUCGUCCCCUCCAAACACCUCGCAUAAAACCAGACACCGCCGUCAUCAGCAGGCUCAGCAGCAGCAGCCGGCGCCGGCUGACAGCCGUGGCCGCUCGGAGCCGGGGCAGGGAGCAGAGACGACCACCAGUCUCCGUCAGAGGCCGGUCAGCGACAGUGACCUGGCCUGGCAGCCUGCCGGCCGGCCGAGCGGCGACCUGCCCGGCCAGGAGAGCGCCGUGCCCAGCCGCAGCUCAUCCGUAUCACGUGUCGACAUCUGUGGCGCGACAGAGAAUCCGGACACUGCGCGACACAGCGCUGCCGCUCGCACAAAGUCGUUCACAGCUGGUCGGGUGCCGCCGCGGCCGAGUGCUCCCCAAACCCUGCCCAGAAAACUGCCUUCCGGUAUCGUCAAUAACCCAACCACAGCACCAGUUCACAACCGUCAAAACUCGGACUCAUUAGUAGAACUGGGUCGCACAUCGGGGACGCUAAAUGAGGAGGACGAGGAAAUCCAUCACGACGGAAACGGUCAGCUUCUGGCAGCGAUGCUGCGCGAAAUCCAGAUGCAGAGUCUGUCGCUGCAGCGUCGCGACUCGUCGGGCCUGCUGCAGCGUCAGUCCCACUCGGCUGACGGAUGGGGGGACGUGAACGGACGGCCGGCCCGGCUGGGCGGCGCCGAUCUAUCGCGAGCCGUCUCCGCCGAUCCGCCGCCGGCGGCGAACGAGGUCACGCGGCCGGACGGUGUCGGAGGCGGCCAAAAAUCGGCCACCGCGCCAGGGACAGCUCCGGCGCGACCCGCUGUCGAACGCUGCGGCUCGUCAGUCGACGGCGACGGCGAGAUGGCUCCCCAAACGACGGGGGCGACGACGGACGCUGCCGCGCCAUCAACGGCGGUGGAGGUGGCGGCAGCCGGGGGCCGGCCGAAGCUGCGCAGACCGCUCCUGCCGGGCAGCAGCGACAGCGGGACCAGCGGGGACGAGCCCCGCGAGCCGCGGUUCGCCGACCUGUCCCCGGUCAUCAUCACGCACGGUCAGGUGAUCGAGUCGCCGCUGGUUCCGCGAGCGAGAGGGCGACGGACCGAAUCGCUGGGGUCGCGCGCCGCGACGGCCGGGUCAGAUGAUUGGCAGAGACGGCCAACGAGUGACACGGCCAAACGGGAGGCCGGCAGCCGUCAGAAACCAGCCAGACCCAAUCAGGGCGUCGGGGACUCAAUGCCGUGUCAGCAGGAAAAGGGGGCCGACUCCAUGGCGCCGCAAGGUGAGGCCAGAAUCCUCGGUACUUCUCGGAAUAAAGAGGAAACCGCUGAUACUGGCGAGCCAGGUGAUGGCCGUUCUAUGAAAAGCAGCGAGGCUCCUGCGCGUUCUUUGCCGCUCGAUAUAAGGCGGAACGAUUCUACGGACCAGUCCAGCUUUCUUUCGUCGUCAGCUGAUGACGACAGAACAGUAAAACAGACACCAGAGCCAGCCUACGUCCCAGAGGACUCUCGAGCGCCAGAACAUUCUCUUGCUUCUAUGUCACAAGACUCGGAAUGUUUACCCGCUGCCCCCAAAGGUCAGUUCCAGAAUUUGACGCAGUCAAACGACCAGCAAUCCGGAGAGCGUGACCCUGCCAGAAACAUCGCUCCAAAUGCACCGAACCCAGCGCUGGAUGACGGCCAAGAAACAACCAAUCCGAGGCCGAGUUUGGAUUCAGAUGCCAAUCAGCAACCUGGACGCGGUGACGUCAGAAUUGCGUCAUGGGACGAAUCACAAGCCGGGAAUCUGUCAAGUGAGCAUGCCGUGCGCAGCGCACCGCCUCUGAUGCGUCAAAACGCCACUGGUCGGUCGGUGAGUCCCUUUGAUCCCGCCAACACCGCCGGCGGAGAGGCAGCCCAAGGAGCCCGACAGGAGCAGGACAAUGCCUUGAAACUCAGUCUGGACCACAGCGAACAAAUUGACGAGUCUACCGACAAGGAAAACAUUCGUCAAGCCGUCAAAAAGGCCGUAGCUCUCCUCCUCAACGAACUAAAUGUUGACGAGGAUCAGGAAGACCCAUGGUACCCGGGCCAAUCAGGUCCUCCAACGACCCAGAGCUUUCCAGCUCAGGAUGACGAACCACAGCUUCGGAGGAGGAGGAGGUCAACGUACGCCACCGAGCAGCCUGAGAGUAAGACGGUGGACGUGGUUCGGCUCUCAGACACUGGGCUGACCGUGACUGCCUCCAUGACGGCUGCCGACCACUGGCGACCACCGCCGGUCAAAGUUAAACCGAAACGCUUUCGCUCCAAGAGCCUCAGUCCGAGUGUCUUGAGGCGGGACCUGACGGAGGAACUGGCUGGGGAGAAAUCGGGAGAUAGUCGGCGAUCGACAGUGGCUACGGGAUCGUCCAAGCUCAAGCCGCGCUCUCAAAACAGCUACGCACAGCAUCGGCAGAGAAGUUUCGAUCUGAGCGGCGCUGAGCUGCGGGCUCGAGAUGCCGAGCCGCGUCGACGCAGCUUCAAGAAACGUCCUGCGACCAAGUCUUCUGCUGCGGCGGCGGCAUUGAGCCCAAGCACGGACAGCGUGAGCUCCACGUCCUCAGACGAGCAGCGGGUUCGGGGUCGCGGAAGAUCGUCUCGUCACAACCACUCGAAACUGCACUCGCCGCGGCUGCGAACUGUCAGCGACUCGGCUGCACUACGACCUCUGAGUGCAGCUGGAAGACUACUGCCGCUGACGGAGCAGACAGCAGCCCAGCCAGCCCGCCGUAGACACAUCUCACCAUCUCCUCUCGCCUACGAUAGCGAGCCGGAUGGACCGGGGCGUACCUGCCGGCGGCGGCUGCGCGGACCCUACGGAGAGCUGCUCGAGGGAAAGAUGAGUCGCGCGGAAGCUACUCUGCCUCUCAGUGCGCUGGUCGAAUCAGCCUCACCAAGCCCUUCGCCUCGGCCCGGCUCUCGACGAGGCAGUACUCGGCGGAGAAAUGCUGCAGCCGCCUCUGAGUCGACAGCAGUCACCCCGCGCACCAGAAGUUCCGGCUCUGAGGGCGAGCGAUCGCAGCGCGAGGAGGUGCACCGGGCGAGUAGUAGCCUCCGGCUGCCCUCCGCCGCCCCCUGUUCGGACGGAGAGCUGCCGCAGCUCCCCGGUGCUGAGCAGGAGCUGACGCAGCUCCUCAGCGAGGCGCUGUACGAUGGCGUCGGUCCAACAGCCCGCCGGAUGCUGGCACAGGUCACCUCGGGACAGGACCAGCCAGGAGUCCAGGCGCAAGGCCGACGAGUCUUCAUAAUUGGGGAACUGCUCGAUACCGAGCAGCGAUACGUCGAGUCGCUCAGGCUCUUAGUUGAGUAUCAUGAGAGGCUUAAUAGCGCCGAUCCUAGUGGCCUGAUCGAUUCCGUGGCGCUGGAGGACAUAUUCCAAAUGAUCCCUGAAAUGCUCGAAAUCCACGAGGGAUUCCUGGCGGAUUUGACCGAAAAGACCGAUCACUGGUCAGCGGAUCAGGGAAUCGGCGAGGUCUUCCUAAAUAAGCUGACUCAUUCCGCCGUGCUGGAAACAUACGCAGCGUUUGUCAACCACUGGCCCGAGGCCAGGGAGGCACUCCGGCUGGCCUGUCGGACCCGGCCGGAACUGGCAAAGACACUCGAGGCACUGGAGCGGGCCGAUAAGAGAAGACUAAGCCUUACUCAGCUGCUCAUUGCCCCUGUUCAGAGGAUCCCCCGGUAUGAGCUUCUUCUAAAGCAACUUGUGAGCCAUACUCCUGAGGGUCACCCAGACCUGGAGCCCCUGAAGCAGGCGAGCGAGGAGAUCCACCAGCUCGCCUCGCGGAUCAACAGUCUGCAGCGGGCACCUCUGCGCGGAGAGGCCCGUCGCCAGGCACUCCGGGAACUGGAGGCGGCUGUGGAUGGCCUCGACGGACUGGUGACCCCCGACAGGGAGUUUCUGCGCAGCGACCCGGUGACGAUGACGACACCAGCGGGUAUCAAGAAGGAGCGCUGCCUCUUCCUGUUCGGGGACCUGCUGGUGGUGGCCAGCAUCAAACGACGGGCAGGCAGCGCAUCGCGCAAACAAACGCCUCCGCCGAAUUCCACGUCCACAAAUGGCAUGGAGCCGAACAAGUACAAAUUCCUAAUGAAGAUACCGUUGACAGACAUCUGCAUCGAAAGAGAUGAGGCUUUCAACCCGGACACUCUGGCGAAGGAAGUUGAGCGGAUUGACGAGGACAUUUCUACUCUGAGACAGAUGGGAGUGCUCGUCUGUAAACUUCACAGCAAUCACCACCAGGUUGAGGAGCUGGUGAGGGAGAUGGCUCACGUGCUGAGCAGGGAGCUGACAGAGCGACACAGGGCGGAGAGCCAGCUGCUGCUGCUGCCGCUGCAGGUCACCCGACAAGAAGGCAUAGAAAACAUAACCGUCAGCUUUAAUGAUCUGGAAAAACGUAUGUCGUGGGAGCAGCUCUUCAACGAAACGAAACAAAAACUAGCCGAAAGGACGAACGAUCGGCGGCCUAUACCAAGUUUCCUGAGACCACUGCCUGUACGGAAGACGCGGGCAGGACUGCAGUUUAGCUGUGCCGCGCCCACGCCUAACCAGAGUUCGGAGGGAGUUAGGGACAUCUGGGUCUGUAACAGUGACGGUUACGUGGGUCAAAUAUGCACACUGAGCCUACGUCCUGAACCGAGCGUCACCUCCUGUAACGGCGUCUGCAAUUCGAGGAUCCUCUGCAUCGAGCCGGUGCCAGCGGCCUCUUCAGAGGAGAGCACUGCCAGCCCGUGGAGACCGGAACAGAGACGAGGCCCGAGACAACACCGGCCCAGUGGCGCCGACAGUUCCUCCGACUCGGAGUUGUCUGUGGACGAGUCCACCUGCAGUCGCCGGGGGGUGGCGGACGAGUCCACUGUCGGUCCUCGAGGGGCGGCCGACGAGGCUGCCAAACCCUCGCAGGCCACCAUGUGGAUCGGAACAGAGGACGGAUGCAUCUACGUGUACAACUGCAGCGACUACGUGCGCGUCAAAAAGACCACCGUCAAGACGCAGCUGGGCGCGGCCGUGACCUCGCUGGCCUACCUGGACGACCGUGUGUUCGUCGGUUUGGGCAGCGGGGCCGUCUCCACGUUCGCGCGCACGGAAGGUGGAUGCUGGAAUCUCCAAAAUCCUCAAGUGAUGAAGAUUUCAUCAAAUCCAAUAAACAAGCUAGCCAAAGUUCACGGAAAACUGUGGGUCUGCACGAACAAUGUGGUCAAGGUUCUAGACCCAGUCACUGACACCGUGCUGCAGUCGGUGGCGGUCAGCGGCCGCCGACACACGGCCGUCCAGGCACUGGUCUGCUGUGACCUGGGCGUGUGGAUGAGUUUCCACCACACGGCCACCAUCCGGCUCUUCAACGCGUCCACAUUCCAGCGGAUCUGCGAGGUGGACGUCACCUCGGCCGUCACGCGCAUGCUCUCCGGCUGUGACAGCAUUAUUCGGCAGCACAAGACAGCGUGUCUGCGGGUGACCUCUCUGAUGGUCUGUAAGGAGCUGCUGUGGAUCGGUAGCUCUGCUGGUGUGCUGCUGAACCUGCCGCUGCCACCACUGGCCAGCACCGCCUCCGGCAGCCUCACCAGCACGCUCAGCAUCGCAGGUGUGUCCCAUGGUCACACAGGUCACGUGCGGUUCCUGGCGUUCGUCGAGUCCUCGACACCCGGAGAGCCGACAGCGCCGCCGCGUGCCAAGUCUCGCCGACAGCUCGGCCGUCUCCGAAGCGGUGACAGACUCCUUUCUCCAGAGCCUGCACCGGGGAAGUUCCUGGUGGUGUCUGGAGGUGACGGUUACGAGGACUUCCGUUCCUCGGGCUCAGCCCUCUCCGGACGAGAUGAUUCCACCAACCAUCUGCUGCUCUGGAGUGUCUGAGAGAGGCCGGUCCAGAACAUUCCCCCAGCGCGGAGCCAGGGCUCGCCGAGCUGUACGGGCGAGCCGCGGCGCCGCUGCAGAGAGAACCGCAGGCCGCGCGAGUGCGCUGUCGUCUGCCGCGAGAUGUGACAGAGAAGAACGGGAAUCUGCACGUUAUCGAGAUGAGGCCAGGUGCUGCGUGUACGCUCCGCUGGUCACCGCGCGCUGCGCGCCGCUCCCUGGUGCGUUUUUGUUCCGCGGGGUUUGUCUCAGGUUCUGGGAUCUGACAGGCCUUAGAGCCAGAUAUUGCAGAUUUUACUUUUUUCUGUGCGGACGGCAGCUCCGAUCAGUAAGACUAACGGUCCCUGCGUGUAAAAGUGCUGCGACGUUUUCGAUGUUGGAUCACGCAAACAGGUUUUUGUCUCCUGCAGAAGAAGGUUGUAUGACGUGCCUGCUAUAAACGUGUUAUGGCUAGCUAUGAAGACUGUCUUUCCUUAGAUGUUUGCUCUAUAUAGGUGAGUUCCAUUGAACCAACUGUUUCUGCAAUCAUGGAACAACUGUUGUAUGCUGAACUGAAGGCUUCGAUGAAGUGCAUGGUGCAUUCGACUAUGCAUAUGUGUUAUAUGUUUCUACCUUAUAGUUAGUAACGCUCACAUUAAUUGUAAAACGCUGCUGCUGCUGCUGCUCAGGCGAAACUUAAACUUGUAGAAACAAAACCCGCUGCUAUGGUAAACCAGUUCCCAUUAAACGUUCUAUGGGAAUUAUAACGGAAAACGCAAUUUUUGAUUUAUGCGUUUCGGUCUUGAAAUGCUAACCACAGUCAUAUAACGACAUUGUAUUCAACCAACAGGACCGGUGUGAUGCAGACUAUAAUAAAUGUAAGUCACCGUAGCAUUGAAUCGGAACGCCAUAUUGAUUGCUGAUGGCAGCGGCAGCAGCUAUUUUCAUAGGAUAUGGUUCGUGCGCCCUGAAGAGCUGGUCUCUAGCGUCACUGUUGCAGAAGUCGACUGCUGCAUGGUGCUAUCACUUGAUAUGUCGAUUAAGGCGCGUAUGUUUACUAAUACAUGCUGAACAUAUAUU